AUGUCCGCCCCUUCUUCCCCCACACAGGCUCCCGGAGAGAUUGAGAUUGUAUCCAGCCCUGUUUCUCUCCCGACGCGCACGGUCGCCAUUAUCAAGCACCAUGCGCUCAACCAUAGAUUCGAUAUCGAGUUGCGCAUUUCCGACGCUGGCUUCGAGAUCGUGAAGGAGCGCCAGAUGGAAUUUGACGUAGAGACCGACCCAGAUACUCUAUUCGAGCUGUUCGGGCCCGACUUUGAGUCCUUCGCCGAAGGCCCGGUGUGGGUAUAUGUGCUCGAGCGCAGACGCGCCGUCGAGGUCUGGCACUCGCUCAUGGGCGACCCCGACCCCGAGGUCGCGCGCAACGACACCCCCAACUCCAUCCGCGCGCUGUACGGCCUCUCCGCCGCGCAGAACGCCGUUAUGGGCUCCACGGACGCGCAGAUCGCGGAGAUGCAGAUCCAGGCCAUCUUCGCGUCCUCGCCCCCCUUCCCCACGACCGAGCUCCCCGACGUUGGCCACCCCGACUACGAUAAUGUACCCGCGGGCUCGCUCCGCUCGGUCUCGUCGUCCGUGCUUUCCGCGCUUCGGAAUGGCCGUUCAGAUAACGGGUACCCCGCGUCCUCAACUGCUGGGACCUCUGCGCAUGGCCUGGGUAAGCCUGCGUUCAAGGCGCGCAACCUGCCCGCGACGCAUGCAGCGCCCGAUAUCGUCCCGCGUAUGUCCAAGGCAGCUGCACUUCGCGCUGGCAUAUCCUAUGAGUCUCCCAAACGCGCCCCGCCCACCAAAGAACGCCUCGCGCAGACGUUCGCGAACGUGCCCGGGCACAAGCGCUCCGAGACCAUCUCCGUCGCGUCCACCGCGCCCCCGGUCGUCGCCCCGCGCAUGACGCGUGCUGCCUCGCUCAGACUGGGUAUCAAGCCUGAAGAAAAGCCGAGGCGCCCGGUAACUGCCAACUCCGAUGCCAGUGCCAAUGGGAAGGACCCUAAGCAUACGUUCGACGGUGUCCCGGGGCACAAGAGGCGCGAGUCGAUUGCUGUUGCGAGCACGCGCCCGCCAGCUGUCGCUCCCAGGACGAACAGGAGCGCGGCACUCAGACAGCAGAAGGACUCCGCGCCGCCUUCUUCGUUCGGAUUCCGCCAGCCUUCACAAACAGGCCCUUCGCGAUCCUCCUCACGCCAGUCUUUCAGCGGCACCAGCUCCGCGCGCCCGACAUUCUCCCGCCCGCCCUCCGCUGCAUCCACAACGGCGGGCCCCGCCCCCGCCCGCCUCGCGCUCUCUCGUACCACCUCGCUCACCUCUACCACGAGACCCGCCCCGCGCCCAUCGGCCGCGUUCGCGUCGAAGACCGCCCCCACUGUUCCCAGGGCCAGGCCUACCCCCGCCCCGAAGGAGGAGCCUGUGGCCCCGGCAAAGCCCCGCCCGCGCCCGAGCAGCUUGCAGGCGCCGACCGUGGCGCCGCGCACAAACAAGAGCGCGCUGCUGCGUGCGGCGAAGAUGGCAAGCGCGGCGCUGGGCGCGACCCCUGCGAAGAAGCCCGCGCCUGUGCCGAGGGCCGUGAGGGCGUGAUAGUCCGCCGCGGAGCUCAUGAACCCUGCCACGGCCUUAAAUAUAUGUGGGUAGACACGGGCUCGUCGUCCCGACCGCGUUUCACCACACGAAUACGCCCCGCGGCGAGCCGUCUUCUCCAAUGGAUCGCCCGUCCUCGAUAGAACCAAGUUUCAGCUCGCUCUCCAAACGAAUCUGCCGGAUGAUCAUAUGGUACACUUGACUGUUUAUGCCCUCACCCCUAUAUCCCUCUCAGUGUGGUCUCGCGACUUCUCCAUCCCCCGUCCCAUCCCCUCUUCCGAUGAACUUGAACUUGAACUCUAGCACAGGCGGCCGGCGUUGCUGCACAUAGUUCUCUUCAUGUCCCCGCCCGCUGCCCGCCUUUCUGCACCCACUUGCUCGCUUGCUCCACCCCCCGUCCCCGAUAUCCGCUCGGCUUGCAGUGCUCCCUCAUCAUCUAUGCG